AACUGAGUGGUUCACUGUCACCGCUACUUUUCACAGUUUUUAAUACCGAUGUCUUAUGAAACUGAGAAUAUAACAUUUUGUAAGUUUUAGUGUCGCCCUGAAUGUUAAUUAAAACAAGAACCAUAGCAUUUUUAUUACAAUUGAGAUUUGUUAUAUAUUAAAUGUGUGCGUUAAUGGUAUUGUGAAACUGGGAUAGACAAAAUGCCAUAUGUAAUUCAUAGAUUACAAUUUUGGACUUCCAUUACUUUAAUAUCAGUGGUAAUGGGGUAUCCAUCACGUUCGUCUAACGUCGUAUUCAUCAUGGUUGACGAUAUGGGUUGGAACGACGUGUCGUUUCACGGCUCAGAUCAGAUAUUGACACCAAACAUCGACACUCUGGCGUAUCAUGGUGUUAUUCUUCAGCAUUAUUAUAGCGAAGCAAUCUGUACACCAGCUCGUACUGCUUUGCUUACUGGAAAAUAUCCCAUGAGAUUGGGUAUGCAUGGUACACCUUUAUUUAAUUCUGAAGACAGAGGUAUUCCUUUAACGGAACGCCUUCUUCCAUCGUAUAUGAAAGAGCUCGGUUACUCCACACAUUUGGUGGGAAAAUGGCAUGUUGGGAUGUCCAGAAAAGAAUAUUACCCUACAUCAAGAGGAUAUGAUACUCAUUACGGAAUGAGAGGGGGUUUUAUUGACUACUACACUUAUAAUAAGGUCGAAACGUGGCCUGAUGGACGCAUUCUCUUUGGAUUGGAUCUUUAUGACAACGAUAUACCACAAGAUGAAGAAGAGCGUUAUAUAGUCGACGCCUUAACUGAUAGAGCAGUUAAAAUAAUUAAUAGGCACAACACAUCGGUUCCUCUAUUUCUCCAUGUGACCCAUAACGCGCCUCACGCUGGUAAUACCGGAGGAAUUCUCCAACCACCACUUCACACCACAGUGAAACACAGACAUAUAGCUAAUUCAAAUAGAAGACUUUAUGCUGAAAUUGUCACUCAAAUAGAUCGGAGCGUUGGGCGAAUAGUACGUGCCCUUGCUGAGAAAGAUAUUUUAGAUGAUACAAUCAUUAUAUUUGCUUCCGAUAAUGGGUCUCCGACAGUAGGUGCAAAUAACAAUUGGGGAGUAAAUUUGCCCUUUAGGGGAUUAAAAGAAACUCCAUGGGAAGGGGCCGUACGAGUACCUGCUUUUAUAUGGCAUUCAUCAUUUAGGCCCAGAGUCUGGGAUGGUUUGAUGCAUGUUACCGAUUGGUUACCUACCUUAACAGCAGCGGCUGGGGGUCGCCUGAUAACUGAAAUUGAUGGCGUAAAUCAGUGGGAUUCAAUUAUACAAGAUGGUAUAUCUAAACGCACAGAAGUUCUUAUAACUGUUGAAGAUAGUGACAGAAAUACAUAUGCAGCUUAUAGAGCAGGGGAUUAUAAAAUAGUUGUUGGAAAUGUUACGGGCUUGAGCAAUAAUUAUUAUGGCGCCGAUCUUUUGAUUAAUAAGGAAAAGGCGCCGGAAUAUUUUCCAUCGCUAAGGUCAUGUGACAUUGCAAGGAUAUUUGAAUAUAUGGGACUAUAUUUAGAUAUUGAUGAAGUUAAGGCUAUGCGCGCUGCAGCAACUAUUAGACAAGAAGAACCAAUACGAGAUAGUACACCUUGUCUCCCUUCUCUUACUCGCGGCUGCCUUUUUAAUGUUCGUCGUGAUCCAAGUGAGAGUCGUGAUCUCUGGCAGCGAGCCAAUAAAAUUGCUGUUCUUUUAACAAGUAGACUACGCGGUCUUUGGGCAAUGCAAAGAAGAAGAGGCCCACUAAAUAUACAAAUAGAGGCAGACCCAGCCAAUUUUGACUACAGAUGGACUGCUUGGCUUUCAAAUCAAUCUAAUAUAUCUAAUGCAAUAUUGCCUGAUAGCAACAGCAGAGCUAGAAAUUAUACCAGUAGAAAUAAAACGAUAGCUAAUUCUAUUAAUUGCGACGGUACAACAGGAAUAAGAAAUUUUCUAUGUAUAUUAAAAAGUGUGUUUUGAUUGUUGUAGUUGUAGAUGAAUUUAUUUAUAGUUAGAGAUAAGUUUAUUUAAUUACGUUUUAAUACCUGCGUUUGUAUAGUGUUAUAAGUAAUUGUUAUGAUCUAGGUUUGACACGAAUCUGUUACAUUGU